AAUCUUGGCUCAUUCUCAGCCAUCACCUUCCAUCUGCCUUUUUUCUGCCUUCUUGCCUUCACCGGCAUCAGCAAAAGGAUUUGGGUGUGGUGCUGCCUUCAGCUCGUGACCCACUUCUCAUUGAACCAUGACAAUUUAGAAGCACGUCGUCAUUUAGCGCGAGUGAAAAUUUAGCUCCUGCGGAUUACGGAUCCCGAAAAUGAGUCCAUUGGUUUGUCACAGUGGCCUCAACGGGCUGUAUCAUGCCCUAAGCUUUAUCUGAAUGGGGCAAGGAGGGUUGUUUGGGGAGAACGAUAUGACAAGCUACAUGAAGGUCUUAAGGACUUACUCUAUACUGUCUCCCGUUCAGAGGAAACCCUUUGGAAAUCACUAUUUCUCUAGUAACUUCAGUCUCCUCGUUCUUGGUAAUCAAUUUGCUUUACAUCCACUCCAAAUAUUCAGCGCCUAUCUUCUACUAUCAUCUCUUGUAACUAUGUCGCCACGCCAGUCACUCGAGACUUCAAGCCAAGCAGUUACUAUUGUGUUAGACAAGGGGACGAAGAGCUCUGAAGAGACUGCCAUCGUGGUGACAGAGUCGAUAUCUGAUGCCAGUGACUCGUACCCGAGAGAGGCAACCUUAGAUGAGAUAGAAAAGCUUCGUCAUGUAGCUGAAGGAGUGACGGGAGAAGUGUGGCUUGUGGCCUGUAUUGGAGCUGCACAGCGUCUUGCCUUUUAUGCUACUACAGUACCAUGGCAGAACUAUCUCCAGAACCCCCCCGAUAAUCCUCUAUCUCCUGGUGCGCUUGGUCUCGGGCAGUCCAUGGCAACAAUUAUCAACAGUGCCUUUUUAUGCCUUAGCUACCUGACGCCGUUGCCAUUUGCAAUUAUCUCUGAUACAUGGCUUGGACGGUACAAGACGUUGCUUCUCAGUUUGCUCACUUUCGUUGUUGGUCAAGUGGUGUUAUUUAUUACGGCUCUCCCCUUUGCAAUCAAAAACCAGAAAACCGCUUUGGCUGGAAUCAUUACUGCAAUGGUUUUGAUCGCGUUGGGACAAGGAGGCACCUCUGCUGUGAUAUUUCCGUUUUUGGGUGAUCAGAUACCAGAGUCAAAGUCUCGGGUCAUUCGCUACAAGAACGGAGAAAGAGUUGUAACUGAUCGGAAAAUGACGGUUCAGUUUGUUUUUAGUACUUUCUACUGGAUGAUCAAUAUUGCGGCUCUAUUUGUCCUAGCUACAACGCAAAUGGAAAAGAAGAUAGGCUUCUGGGCUGCUUAUCUCCUACCUUUGUGCUGUUUGGGGGCUUCUAUCGUCCCAUUUGUAUUCUGGAAUCAGCGCCUGACGAAACUUCCCCCAGAAGGAACUGUGCUGGCCGACACAAGCAAGGUACUUAUCCUCGCAGCGCGAUCCAACUUGCAUCUAAGCGCAGCCAACCCUUCCAUCCAAAAACAGCAUCACAAUCGUUCAGUCCCAUGGACGUCAACCUUCGUCGAUGAAGUGCGGCGAGGUUUUCGCGCCUGUCGCGUGAUAAUCUGCUUCACCAUCUUCUACCUGUGCUUCAAUCAGACGAUGAAUAAUAUCAUAUCUCAGGCAAACCAGAUGGAACUCGACGGUAUCUCAAACGACACAGUCCAAUCCCUCAACGCCAUCUUCUAUAUAUUCCUCAACCCUUUAAUUCAGCAAGGGCUUUUCGGCUUUCUCUCACGCCAUCGCAUCGUCCUCGGACCCAUUUCAAGAAUGGCGGUAGCCUUUAUAUUCAUGGCGGCGGCCAUGGCAUAUGCAGCGGGUGUUCAGGAAGUCAUAUACAAUCGAGGCCCCUGCUUUUCGCAUCCUAAAGCCUGUGAGGCCGGUAUAGUCUGGAGAGACGCUACCACGAUUCAUUACCAACCCAACGAAAUCAGUGUCUGGAUGCAAAUUCCAUUUCACAUCCUUCUUGCCACCAGUGAAAUUUUCGGCUUCGUGGCUCUGAAUGAGUUCGCGUACACUGAGGCGCCUACUAACAUGAAGGCACUAGUAAAAGCCUUUGAGCAAUGCACGGCUGGACUAGGCGCUGCGCUUGGAAUAGCUCUUGGGCCUGUUUCGAAAGAUCCUUGGCUGGUGAUUAUGUAUUCGAGCCUUGCUGGUACAAUGGCAUGUAGUGGGAUAGCGUUCUAUGGAUUCUUUCGCAACCUUGACGCCCAGUGGUAUUCAACGAGAAAAAAUAGAAACGAGGAAGAACCAGAAAAGCAUGAGGCUGUCGAGCAAGAAUAA